UCAACUCUUAACUGAGGAAAGAAAACCGAACAGUAUACAAGCAUGUUUUGCCCAGUGAAGGUGCACAGCGUUGGAAUGAAACGAAGCUGCUCGAAAAGGGUAAAACUGACCGAAAAGAAAAAGGCGAGCGUCUGAGGGCAAGCAGGGCACCAGAGGGAGCGGGGGCGUAAAGAAUGCGGCCGGGUGUCACACGGACGGCGAAACAACAAACACGCCAAGGGGAGACGGCCGGCCUGGACUCUGUCCUCGCUUCAGCCCUGCGACGGCAGGCGCGUGUGGAGAAGCUUUUCUCGUACGUGAACUGACGGCGGCGGUAGCGCCCUCGCUAUCCCCCCUCGCGCCCCUGCGGAGACGGAGGGCGCAGGAGAAGGAAGGAGGACGAGGAGGCGGGGGGAAACUGCAACGCCAGGAGCAGGAGGAGGAGGAGGAGGAGGAAGUAGCGGCGACCGACGAGAAGGGAGCUUGGCGGAGGCGGAGCCGGCGCUUGAGCCCGGCCGGCCUGCACUCGGCUCAUUACGACGGCCGCCACCGGCAGCAGCAGCAGCAGCAGCAUUUGGCUGCCUUCGGAAAUGGGUCUUGAAAGUUAAUGAGUCUGGAUAAGGUGCAUCAAUGUGGAAGCAUCGGUUUCAUACGUUUUAGGGACAGAUCUGUGGUACACUCAAGAAUAAACAAUCCCUACCAGAAUUGCUGCAUUUCAUAAUGAAGAAAAUUAGUCUCAAGACCAUUCGUAAAUCUUUUAACUUAAAUAAAAGCAAAGAUGACAGUGACUUCGUUGUGGUUGCACAGCCAUCAUUAAAUGAUUUUGGAAAAGAUGACUCCUUGUUUGCAGGCUGUUAUGGUAAAGAUUUGGCUACCUGUGACAUGAACGGCGAAGAUGAGAAAGGUGGCAAAAACAGAUCAAAGAGCGAAAGCUUAAUGGGUACAUUAAAAAGACGACUUUCAGCAAAACAGAAACAAAAAGGUGGAAAGGGCAGCACACCAUCUGUGAGCUCUGCUGAUGAAGAUACCUUUUCUUCUUCUUCUGCUCCAAUAACUUUCAAAGAGGUAAGAGCUCAAAGACCUCUUCGGUCCACAUCCCUCCGAAACCACCACUAUAGUCCAACACCAUGGCCUCUUCGGCCAACAAACUCAGAAGAAACAUGUAUAAAAAUGGAAGUGAAAGUAAAGGCCUUGGUCCACUCGACAAACCCAAGCCCUGCACUGAAUGGUGUACGCAAAGAUUUCCAUGACUUGCAGCCAGACAGCAGGUUCCAUGAACAAAACAGUGCAUUCAAAAGUACAGAAUCUCAGAAUGGAGAUUUGCAUCUUCAUAUUGAUGAACACGUGCCUGUAGUUAUUGGACUUAUGCCUCAGGACUACAUUCAGUACACUGUGCCUUUAGAUGAGGGAAUGUAUCCUUUGGAAGGAUCACGUAGUUACUGUCUGGAUAGUUCCUCACCCAUGGAGGUUUCGACAGUUUCUUCUCAAAUGGGUAGUAGUACGUUUCAUGAAGAAGAGGUUUCAGUGAAUCAAGACGUAGUAGUUGCUCCAGAUAUCUUUGUGGACCAAGCAGUAAACGGUUUAUUGAUUGGUACAACAGGAAUCAUGUUGCAAAGUCCAAGAGUUAAUGAAGUUCCCCCACUCUCGCCAUUGCUACCUCCAAUACAGAAUAAUCAAAUCCAAAGGAACUUUAGCAGCCUGAAUGGCACAGAUGUCCAUGUGGCUGAAAGUAUGCGCUGCCAUUUGAAUUUUGAUCCUAACUCUGCACCAGGAGUUGCAAGAGUCUAUGAUUCUGUACAAAAUAGUGGCCCGAUGGUUGUAACAAGUCUCACAGAGGAACUUAAAAAACUGGCGAAACAAGGAUGGUACUGGGGUCCAAUCACACGAUGGGAAGCAGAGGGGAAAUUAGCAAAUGUUCCCGACGGUUCAUUUCUUGUACGAGACAGCUCUGAUGACCGCUACCUUUUAAGUCUGAGUUUCCGUUCUCAUGGUAAAACACUUCAUACUAGAAUUGAGCAUUCAAAUGGUAGGUUUAGCUUUUAUGAACAGCCCGAUGUGGAAGGACAUACUUCUAUAGUUGAUCUAAUUGAACACUCGAUUAGAGACUCUGAAAAUGGUGCAUUUUGCUAUUCGAGAUCUCGAUUACCUGGAUCUACAACUUACCCAGUCAGACUAACUAAUCCAGUAUCUCGUUUCAUGCAAGUGCGUUCCUUGCAGUAUCUCUGUCGCUUUGUUAUACGUCAGUAUACCAGAAUAGAUCUGAUUCAGAAACUGCCUUUGCCAAACAAAAUGAAGGAUUAUUUACAAGAAAAGCACUACUGAAGCUUAUGGGAAACUUGCAGCUUGCACUUUGGGAAUAACAACAACAACAACAAAUAAAAGAGUGGUUGAUACACAGUUUACAAACUUAAUUAUUACCUGGGAUUUUUUUGCUGCCAUAAUUUCAUUUUUGUGCAUAAAGAAAAAAAUGCAUUUUGAGUUUAAUGGAUAUUUGGGGGUUUUCUUUUUUUAAAUGAUCUCAAAGCAUUUUUUAGAAGAGUAAAAUAACUAUAUUUCAUUCAGUGUGCAAAAUAAUCACAAUGUGAAUGAUAAAUAUUGUCCUUAAACUCCCCAUUUCCUUUGCUGCUAAUCCACUGUGAUUUUUAUGCAUUUGAAGCACAUUUCUUGUGUUUUCAACCAUACGUAAAAAAUUGAAACUUGAUGGGAUAUAUUUUGUCAUUUUCAAUAGUCUGGGGUUUUUUUUGUUUUUUUCUUAAUUUUUAAAAAAAGUUUGGGGUAAAAUAAUACCCGUGUACCAAAUUUGGAUACAUGCUUAAAAUGAUCCCCUAAUAUCUAAUUAAAAACAUA